CCACUAGAUAGCAUAGCCACAAAGUCCAAAUGUGCUAUAUUGUAAAAAUUGAUGAAAACAAAAUUUGCUUUUUGAUCUUAAUUUACGGUUAGGCAUAAGGUUAACAUUUUGGUUAAGGUUAGGUUUAAAAUCACAUUUAAGAAUACAUUGUCGAAAUAGGCGGAGUAUGACUUUGUGGCUGUGGUAACGACCCUUGCAUUUUGAUGUAAAGAAUAUACUAAGCUUUUUUCAUUCAGCUGUGCUGUAUUUCAGGUUAUUUUCUUGUGAAAAACAGUAAACAAUGAAGAAAUUUUUCGAGGACAUAAAGAAAGAUAUAAAAUUCAAGUCAGCGGGUCCAGGAAAGAAACUCGCAGAAGGCGGCAGCUCCAAGCCCCGAGUGGUGCAGAACAGUGGCCCUGCCAAGCCCCGUCAUGCUGCUCCCACUGAAGGAGCUCAGAAGGCAGGGGCUGCAGCUCUGGCCAGGAUCGAGGGGCAGUCACGCCCACGAGCACAAACCUCACAGGAUGCCAUCCGGCUCCAGGUGAAAAGAGAGCUUGAGGCAGAAGCUGCGGCAGUAGCAGCGACCGAGAAGGAAAAGAUAACAGCUGUUGAGGGCUCCAGUGUUAAGGAUCCGGUAUUUCUCUCAGUAACAGGUGUGUAUUUCACCUGCCCGCUUACUGGAGCCACCUUAACUAAGAGCGGGAGAGAAGUGCACAUUAAAGAGGCCAUUUUCAUGCGGUUUGAAGAGGACGCAGUGGAGGCUUCCAUAAUGAUGGUUCAUACCUUCAACAAGGACAGGGAGAAAGUCAAGGCUGCAGUGGACAUCAUAAGCAAGUACAUUGAAAACAUCUGUAAGAACCCCACAGAAGAGAAGUACAGGAAGAUCAAACUCAGUAACAAGGUGUUCCAGGAGAAGGUGAAGACUGUGGAGGGCAGUCGGGAGUUCUUGCAGGCUGUGGGCUUUCAGAGCAUCAUGCUGGAUGUGCAGGGACAAGAGGAGAGUGAAGAGUUCCUGGUGCUGAUGGAGCAUGACCCGGAGGCCCUGGAGGUGAUGAAGGAGAGUAUGGACCGGCUGCAAAGGGGAGAGCCAGUCAGAGCCCAGCUGGACCACCAGCCCCAGACCUUCAGACCCUCCCCCAACGCCAUGCGUUUCGAACUACCCCCAGAGUUCUACAACCUCACUGCAGAGGAGCUCAAGAGGGAGCAGCAGCAAAAGAGCGAGGCGGUGGAGAAGAACGCCAUGCUGCGUACCAAGGCCAUGCGGGAGAGAGAGGAGCAGAGGGAGAGGAGGAAAUACAACUACACCCUGCUGAGAYUACGACUGCCUGAUGGAAACAUACUGCAGGGCACCUUCCUGGCCUGGGACAAGGUGUCUGUGCUCUUCCAGUUUGUGCGGGACUCCCUGGUGGACGGCUGGCAGCCCUUUGAGCUGGUGGCGCCAGGAGGACACAAACUCAGGGAGGCCCAAGAGUUGGCCCUGAAUGAAUGUAGCCUGGUGCUGACUAAUGCCUCUCUCUCGGAGGUCCCUGCUGUUCUGCUGACAUUUUCUUGGGAUGCCGCAGUGCAAGCGGACAUUUCUGCUGCCGUUGGAAAGGGUCCUGCACUCCUCAAGCCAGAGCUACUGAAGAAUAUUCGAACCCUUGGCUGAACUGUCCCUGCAGGUUGGAGAUGACACCUUCAUCCCCAAACCACAUUUCAAAGGCUGUAGAAAUACACAACUAAUCCUUUAAAGGAAACAAUAACAGGGGUUUCUAAAGAGGAGACAUGCCAUGCAGUGUUUUUUUGUAUUGUACCUUGAAUGUAGGAUGAUCUGAAAUGGCUCCCUUACUCCCACAGAGCUCAGCAUGGUAUGAGAUCCUGUUGUCAGUGUCACCCUUCUGCUCCGCUUCAACGUGCAUCCUGCUUACGCAACAAAUACUGACAUACAAUACUAGCUUUACAUAUGAGCGAAUGGGUGAUGGAGACCAGACUGGUUGUUGAGUGGUAAGGUUUCAGUUGCUGCUUUUGUGAGCCAGACUAGCGGUGGACCACAAUGUUUAACGGUUAAGCUAUUUUAUUUAAGAGAACUUGUAUUCUAUUUGACCUCACUAACACUAAGGUUACAGCAGCAAGCAUUAAGUUAUACCAGUACCUUAAAAGUGAAGGUUACUGGACAGAGCUCCUGAUGUUAACUUUAUUGAAUGAGGGUUUUGUAAGUCAUUCAAUUGAGUAAUUUCCUAAACUAUCAAUAAUGUGAUUUGAUUUCAGCAGCAUGGAAAUCUGUGAUAGUGGUGGUUGUUUUUGGUUGGUUUGUACUGUAUGUAACCAACAACGGAUUUUUUUUGCUGAGGCUUAUCCCAGGUGAUGGCUGGAAUGACAACCUACCUCUCCUCACAGCAUGUCCACUGCUUCUGUAUGCGUUCAGGCGUAACCUCCUAUGUUUCAGUUCAGUCCGGACAUGAACAGCAGCAAUUAGCAAAUGUACUAAGAAAUGUUUUCCUAACCUUGUUUAAGAAUAACWAAAAAAUUAAGGUCUAGGUAUCAAAGCUCAGUCAUGUUGUUUUGCUUUUAAACCUGCCUGUAAUAAAGAUGAAGGUUGCAUCAAGA